AUGCCAUCGCCAAUUCCGCUCGUGCGAACCUCAGCCAAGUGGCACGAACCACUGUUGCGGCCCAGGCUCAACACUUGCAAGCAGCGCAGGCUCUGGCGGCACUUGGGCAAAAUGCUAAUGUCAACCCCCCACGCUGGUCGUUCCAACCCACAAUUUGUGCCUCCUCUGGUUAUCAAUUCCCUGCCAUUCAACCCACCUCCUACUCACCAUCAUCACCACCAUGGCCAUCAGCGUCGACCUCAAGGGUCCUCGACAGCUGCGAGGGUGUUCAAACUGCAGUUCGACGCACGGAAGCUCAUCUGUGCCAGCGUGGACCCUCGCAUUGUAGGAUGGGAUUUCGCCUGCGAUGAUGAAGAUAUAAUUGAGGCGAGUCCAUUCUUCAAGGGGCUUUAA